AUGAGUGCCGCCUCGACCUGGAGCUAUGCAACUCUCCACGAGAUGCUGAUGCUUCACGCCGCGAGGUUCCUCACCCCGGGCCAGGCUUCAUGGGAGGGCCAGGUGCCGUUCGUGGCGCGCAUCGUGAACGCCUCCGGCACCGCCUGCGGGGCGUGUGACAGGCGGAACUGCACAGGGUGCCUGCUGCCUAAGGGCACCGCUCGGUUGCGCCUGAGAGCCGGGCUCUUCACUGGCGCGCCAACGGCGAAGAUCUACCUUGCGCGCCUCGACAUGUGGAAGUUUGCCAACACGGGCGCCUUCUUUUCAGGCCAUGGCCGGCGAAUCGAGAUGUUUUGCUUUCCGGGAGAGCUAGCAAGCAUCCUCAACCAGCGCAAGAGCUCUUCAAAUUACUUUGCGUGGCUAUGA